GAAUAACGAAAAGGAUACGAAUAAUUCUAAUGAUUUAUUAAAGUUCUUUGAGCUAUUUCUUGAAUUGCCGACGCCCGAUUUCAAACACAUGACUAGAUGAACGUAGCCGGAAGUGCGAGUUUGCUGUAUUUGAAAUUGUUGAGAAAACGUGAUCGGUAUUUAUACAGGGGAAUAGAUUGUUUAUUUUAGUAAAUCUCGAUUAUUUUAUUUUAUUUCGAACAAGAUGAAGUUUGCGUAUAAGUUUAGCAAUCUACUAGGAACAGUAUAUCGCAAUGGAAAUGUAUUAUUUUCUCCGGAUGGAAAUUCCGUUAUCAGUCCAGUUGGUAAUCGAAUAACAAUAUUUGAUCUCAAAAAUAAUAAAUCUUCUACUUUACCUGUGGAGAGUAGAUUUAAUUAUACAACAUUGGAUAUGUCUCAUGAUGGAUAUACGCUGGUCGCUGUUAAUGAGGAAGGAGAAGCACAUGUUAUUAGCAUGGUUAGUCGAAUGAUAAUACAUAAACUUCGUUUUAAAAAGAAAGUACGCGCACUCAAAUUCUCACCAGAUGGCAAACAUUUUGCCAUAUGCAAAGAAAGCAAUGUUUUUGUCUACAAUAUACCUGGUUUACAAAUUGGUCAGUUCAAUCCAUUCUGCAUGGAACGAGUUUUCCAUGCAGCCAUUGAUGAUACCACAUGUAUUGAUUGGUCUUUUGAUUCAAAAUUAAUUGCUGUGGGAUCAAAAGAUACAACAACCAAACUUUAUUCUCUUGAAAAAUUGGCGGAUUUCAGAGUAUAUUCUUUAGGCACCCAUUCAGAUACGAUUGUAGGCUGUUUUUUUGAGAAAAAUAAUUAUGAUAUUAGCACAAUUAGUCGUAAUGGUUAUCUCUGUGUAUGGGAGUGCGCAUUGGAUCCUGAGGAAUUCACUCCGUGGCAGCCAUCUGAAAAGAGAAAUAAGCCAGCAGACAGUGAUAGCGAUGACGAUGUCGAUUUGCAAAGAGCUCUGGAGAAACCAGCAAAACAAAGAGAUGCAGAUGAAAUAGUAAUUAAAAAUGACGAGGAUAAAAGAGAUAAGAAAAAUUCCAACAAGAAAUUACUGUACAAAAGAUUGGCUAGGCAUUACUUAGCAAAUGAACUUCGUAAGGAGCAUAGAAAUAUUAUUCUUACUGCAGCAGCAUAUCAUGUAGACAUAAAAAUUCUUGUCGUUAGCUUUAGCAAUGGAGCUUUCUUCCUUUACGAAAUGCCUGAAGUCAACAUGAUCCAUUCUCUCAGCAUAUCGGACCAGGAUAUUACGUCCAUAGCCCUUAACAAUACUGGCGACUGGAUUGCCCUGGCUUGUUCAAAAGUCGGUCAACUGCUUGUCUGGGAAUGGCAGAGCGAGACGUAUGCCAUGAAACAACAAGGACAUAGUAAUAAUAUGAACUGCGUAGCUUAUUCUCCUGACGGUCAGUUCAUAGUAACCGGCGGUGACGACGGUAAGGUCAAGUUGUGGAACACAGCAACAGGAUUCUGCACGGUGACCUUCCAGGAACAUGCAUCUUCAGUAUCCGGUAUACUCUUCAGUCAUAACCGGAAGUUCAUGGUCUCUUCAUCGGUCGAUGGAACAGUUAGGGCUUAUGACUUAACCAGAUACCGCAACUUCCGUACUCUGACAUCACCUAGACCUGUACAGUUCUCUUGUGUAGCCAUAGACUCCAGUGACGAGUUCCUGGCCGCUGGCGGUCAGGACGUCUUUGAAAUUUAUCUCUGGAGCAUGAAACUGGGAACACUGCUCGAGAUUUUAGCUGGACACGAGGGUCCUGUAAUGAGCUUGGCAUUCAGUCCAAGUCCUGCGAGUACUGCGAUGGCUUCAGUAUCCUGGGACAAAACUUUGAGAUUAUGGAACGCCAUAGAAAAUGGAUCCGCUCACGAAACAGUACAGCUAACAGCAGAUGCUCUGUGUGUGGCUUACAAACCAGAUGGACAGGAAGUCGCUGUUGCUACUCUUAAUGGACAGAUCUCAUUCUUUGACACGAGGACGUCUGAUCAAACUGGUAAUAUAGAGGGAAAGAAAGAUCUGGGAAGCGGAAGGUCUGAGACUGACUUAAUUACUGCGAAGAAAAGCUUGGAAGGGAAAGCCUUUACGAGCCUUUGUUACACUGCUGAUGGUACUUGUAUCCUUGCUGGAGGACAUUCAAAGAAUGUAUGUAUUUAUAAUGUCAAAGAAUCAGUUCUAGUGAAGAAAUUUGAAAUUACACAGAAUCGUUCAUUGGAUGCAGUAGACGACUUUAUAAACCGGAGGAAGAUGACAGAGUUUGGCAAUAUCGCCUUGGUUGAAGAACGAGAGGAGAAUGAAGGUGGAAACGUAACGUUAAGGUUACCCGGUGUAAGAAAAGGUGAUAUGGCAAGCAGAAGUAUGAAACCGGAAGUUCGUGUAUUCAGCCUACAGUUUUCACCAACAGGACAAGCUUGGACAGCAGCUACUACCGAAGGACUUUUAAUUUAUUCCUUGGACAUAGGAUUAGUCUUCGAUCCCUUCCAGUUGGCACUCGGUAUCACACCAGAUACUACCAAGGAAGCUCUGCGUAACAAGAAUUACACAGAAGCCCUUCUUAUGGCGCUGAAGCUCAACGAGAAAAUUCUAAUUCAACAAGUGGUGGAAAGUAUUUCUCAUGAAAGUGUGGCCCUAACUGUUGCCGGAUUGCCGGACGUAUACGUUGAAAGAAUUUUAAAGUUUAUUGCUGCAGAAUUAGAACGUACCAGACAUGUACAUUUUUAUCUAAUUUGGGUAGAAACUAUACUAACAAUACAUGGUCCGCGAAUUAAUUCCACAUCGUCAAUGCCGAUUCUGCUGACAAUACAGAAAAAUAUGCAGCAGAAAUACGAAGAAUUAACUAAGAUCUGCGAUUUCAAUAACUACACAAUGAAAUACAUCCAGAGAAUAGGAGAGCUAAAGUCAACGAAAACUAACGAGAUUGUCGUGACAGUCGAUGACGAUGAUGGUGGUGAUAAUGAUGAUGAUGAUAAUGAAAAUGAAAAGAUGGAUACAAGUUAAAUACUUUUUUAAUUACACCUAUGACUAGCUCGUACCCAGUAAAUACUUUAAUUUUAUUUUACACAAACUGUACAAUUUUUAAAUGAACAAGUUUGAAUUCCUA